GAUAUUGCCUUACACAGCUCAAAGUACCUUGUGUUCGUGUCAGUUUACAAUUACAAAUCAAAUGAGACUGCAACGAAUACAAUUAGCCAAAGCUUCUCGGAAGAAGACUUCGAAAAAGGAUUUUUUCUCUCCGUUUAAACUUUCAUCCAUUUCACAAUGACGCCGGCAAAACGUCUUAAAGAGCUAAUUGUACAAGAUCGCAAUAAUUUCGAUGCAGCGUUUCCAAAAUUAAUAGAAACAGCGAUGGCUGGAUUGCCGAGUGAAACGUCCAGCGCUAUCGCACAUUUUGAAAAAAACAUCAUGCAUAAUCUUCGUGGAGGUAAAAUGAAUCGAGGAAUGACAGUGCUGUCAACUUGGAGACUAUUGCUAAGUGAUAAAACACCCAGUGAUGACGAGUAUGACUCAGCUAUUGUGCUGGCGUGGUGUAUUGAAUUACUUCAAGCGUUCUUCUUGGUGGCAGAUGAUGUGAUGGAUCAGUCUUGGACGAGGCGUGGAAAGCCCUGCUGGUUUAGACAGGAAGAUGUAGGCUACAUCGCCAUCAACGAUUCCUUCAUGCUGGAAGCGCUAGUGUAUCGAUUGAUUGAUUUUUAUUUUCGUGGAAAAAGUUGUUACAAGAAUAUUACUCGUCUGGUUCACGAGGUAACUUAUCAGACAGGAACGGGACAGACAUUAGAUCUUAUAACAAAGCCGGGAGAAAACUUUGUCAACUUUACUUUGGCGAGAUACAAGGCUAUUGUCAAGUGGAAAACGUCAUUCUAUUCAUUCUACUUUCCGGUGGCUCUGGCGUUGUACAUGCAUAACAUAACCGAUGCCAAAGUUCAUGAUAUAUCAAAGGAAAUCCUUCUGGAAAUGGGAGAGUUCUUUCAAAUACAGGACGACUAUCUUGAUUGCUACGGCGACCCGGCAAUUACGGGAAAAGUUGGAACGGAUAUUGAAGAAACGAAAUGUUCUUGGCUGCUCGUUCAGGCUCUGCAGAAAGUUGACGAACCACAAAGGAAAGUUUUAGAGGAGAAUUACGGUGUGAAUGAUCCAGCUGCCGUGGCGAAAGUUAAAGAAAUUUAUUCAAAGUUGGAUUUGAAAUCUAUUUAUAAGAAAUACGAAGAAGUCAGUUACCAGAAAUUAAUGAAACUCAUUGAGGACGUUCCAAGCGAAUUGCCAAAAGAGAUCUUUACUCAACUUGCAGCAAAGUUAUACAAAAGAGAUAAAUAAUUCUUCAAACGCUCGAGAAUAAAUUGAUGACUAUCAGAUCAUAUGAUAUGUUACAACUUUUCUUUUUUUUCCUUAUUCCUACCUGUUGAUUAUCUGGAAAAUUAUGAGAAACAAAUGUUACAAUCUCGACAUUUAUGUAUUCAAGCGACAGUAAAGCUAGAUUUCUCCGUA